UCUCCAGGGGAAAUGAAAGGAAUAAAGGUAAACCCCACUUCGAGGAACCACAACGCAAUGCAAGGACAAAGGAGUUGAAGUGACCUGGUGAUUCUGAGUGAGUUGAUCAAGGAGGCCUUCCUGGAGGAGGCUGAGGCCCCAAAGUGUGGCCGCCACGACAUAUUGAGCUAUUUCCAAGCUCAGGCCCAGCACUCAGGCUGACCUAGCCAAGGUCCCCACUGGUUACCGAGGAUGAGGUUCCUCCGCAGACGCCACAUGCCCCUGCGCCUGGCCAUAGUGGGCAGUGCCUUUGUGCUCUGUCUCUUCAUCCUGCAGAGGGAUGUAAGCAGCAGGGAACAAGCCACAGAGAAACCAUGGCUGAAGUCUUUAGUGAGCCAGAAGGAUCAUGUUUUGGAUCUCAUGCUGGGAGCUGUGAACAACCUUAAAGAUUCGUUACCCAAGCUCCAGAUCAGGGCUCCGGAGCCCCAGGAGACACUUGUUUCCACAAAGAAGUCCUGUCUCCCCGGAUUCUAUGCCCCAUCUGAGCUGAAGCCCUUCUGGGAACGGCCACCACAGAACCCCAGCAGCCCUGGGGCAGAUGGGAAAGCAUUUCAGAAGGACCAGUGGACGGCCCUGGAGACCCAGGAAAAGGAAGAGGGCUAUAAGAAGCACUGCUUCAAUGCCUUUGCCAGUGACCGGAUCUCCCUGCAGAGAGCCCUGGGGCCAGACACCCGACCCCCGGAAUGUGUUGACCAGAAAUUUCGGCGCUGCCCCCCACUGCCCACCACCAGCGUCAUCAUUGUGUUUCACAACGAGGCCUGGUCCACGCUGCUGCGGACGGUGUACAGUGUCCUACACACCUCCCCUGCCAUCCUUCUCCAGGAAUUACUUGCUGUCGAUCCAGCAAGCAAGAAAUCAUACUUAAAGGAGCAGCUGGAGCAGUACGUGAAGCAGCUGCAGAUUGUGAGGGUGGUGCGGCAGGAGGAACGGAAGGGGUUGAUCACUGCCCGACUGCUGGGAGCCAGCGUGGCACAGGCAGAGGUGCUCACCUUCCUGGAUGCCCACUGUGAGUGCUUCCAUGGCUGGCUGGAACCCCUCCUGGCUCGCAUCACAGAAGACAAGACGGCGGUGGUGAGCCCGGACAUCGUCACCAUUGACCUUAACACUUUUGAGUUUUCCAAGCCCAUACAGAGAGGCAGAGUCCAUAGCCGUGGCAACUUUGACUGGAGCCUGACCUUCGGCUGGGAAACUCUGCCUGAACAUGAAAAGCAGAGACGUAAGGAUGAGACCUACCCUAUCAAAUCCCCGACGUUUGCUGGUGGCCUCUUCUCCAUCUCCAAGUCCUACUUUGAACACAUCGGUACCUAUGAUAAUCAGAUGGAGAUCUGGGGAGGGGAGAACGUGGAAAUGUCCUUUCGGGUGUGGCAGUGUGGGGGCCAACUAGAGAUCAUCCCCUGCUCUGUGGUAGGCCACGUGUUCCGCACCAGGAGCCCCCACACCUUUCCCAAAGGCACCAAUGUCAUUGCUCGCAACCAAGUGCGCCUGGCUGAGGUCUGGAUGGAUAGCUACAAAGAGAUUUUCUACCGGAGAAAUAUGCAGGCAGCAAAGAUGGCCCAAGAGAAAUCCUUCGGUGACAUUUCGGAACGCCUGCAGCUGAGGGAAAAACUACAUUGUCGUAACUUUUCCUGGUUCCUGCACAACAUCUACCCAGAGAUGUUUGUUCCUGACCUGAAACCCACAUUCUAUGGAGCUAUAAAGAACCUCGGCAUCAACCAAUGCCUGGAUGUGGGUGAGAAGAACCAUGGAGGGAAGCCCCUCAUCAUGUACACCUGCCAUCACCUUGGCGGCAACCAGUACUUUGAGUACACAACCCAGAGAGACCUUCGCCACAAUAUCGCAAAGCAGCUGUGUCUGCAUGCCAGCGCUGGCACUCUGGGCCUUAGGAGCUGUCAUUUCAAUGGCAAAAAUAGCCAAGUCCCCAAGGACGAAGAAUGGGAAUUGACCCAGGACCAGCUUAUCAGGAACUCAGGAUCUGGUACCUGCCUGACAUCUGAAGACCAAAAGCCAGCCAUGGCCUCCUGUAAUCCCCGUGACCCCCACCAGCACUGGAUCUUCAUCUAGGCCCCAGAUCAUCCCCCGUGGGAGUUCCCACAAGCCUCUCAGGAAACAGCAUUUUUGGGAACCUGAGCAUCAGCUUCUCUGUAAGCCUUCAAAAUGGAUUUCUAAAACCAAUUUUGGAUGUCAAGGCAGAACCUUCCUACUCCUUGCAACAACAUUGGGCUCAUUUUCUUUCCUCCACAUUUAUGGAAGAGACUUUAAGAACACAUAUUUGGCCUAGAGCUUUCCUUCUGUCCUAGAAACAGAGACUUCUAAAGCAGAGAAGACAUCUGGGAUAUGGCCCAGGGCAGUGAUGGUGAAUUCAAGAAAAGUAUCUCUGCAGUCACAUCCUGAAUCCCUGGUCAACUAGAGCACUCACAGAAGCUAGUGAAAUAGUAUAUUCACUUGCUAAUAGUAUCCCAAGUUUGUAGAGCCGUUUUCAGUUUACAGAAAGCACCCUGACAGGAAUCCUUUAUCUUACUUCAUCUGCACAAUAAUGCUGUGAGAAACACAAGACAGGAACCACCACAGCUAGUGGAUGGCUGGAGCUGAGACUGAGACUUGAUCUUGAACAUGGAGCCAGGGUGCCUUCCACCACACUACAAGAACACUAGAUGAGUGGCCAUUGGCCUUCCCUCCAUUUCUCUCUUCCCUCCAUUCUAAUCAUUUCUGGCUGGCUGAUCUCCAUAAAGCCUAGAACCAUGGAGCCAGGUAGCCAUGAGGGAGACUACAUUUGGAAAUCCUGGGGUAUUCGCGUUGAAAGCUCAUGGAGCCAGUGAUUCUCAGGUUUAAGUCCCAGAACCCUUUUGUCAGUGCUCCGUAUAUAAUGUAAAUAAAAGGCAAAGUAGCCAUGGGUGAAACUGAGUGUGGCUGAGGGCAAUGCCUUCCAACCCCUGAACUUCUAAAGUUCUGUAAGCUUAAUUUGAAAACUAUCCUUUUAGUCCAACCUUAUCAUUUUCACACUAUGAAACCAAGGGCAAAUAAAGUAAAUUUGCCCAGGGCCACACAACAAAGUAUUGGGAGCCCUGUGGCUAGGAGCCAGAUAAAGCAAACAAACCUAGGAAGUCUGAGGAAGCAGGGACAGUGUCUAGCAAAGCAUGACUGUGUGACUGGCCUUGUCUGCUGUAUUCGCAUGAAGUCUCCACAUGGAGCAGACCUGACAUGCACAUCAGCACUUUUCUAAGCAUGUUGGUCCCCACACACAUGGCUGCUUUGCCUGAAUUAGAGAGUCCAGCUGCCUAGAGGAGGAUUCACGUUCCUUCCAGGACUUCUGACUUUCAUUAGCAGGCUGUCAUCUUGGACAUCACCACAUGAGAGUGCCAUGGGACUACAGCUGCCUCUCCUUCCCAGCAACUCUACUGCUGGAGGUCUCCCAGGUCCCUGAGAACCUUCAGGACCCUGUAGAAGAGACAUUCUGGGGUAGCCCAGCGAA